CUCAGGCCGGGCGCCUCCCUCUCACUCCCUCGGCUGAGAGCGCCCGGCGGUGGCUGCCCGAGAGGCCCCUCCUUCUCGACCCGCUCCUUUCCCCAGCUCGCGGCCGAGCGGGCUCCCGACCCUCCGCUGGCCAUGGCCGGCAACGUGAAGAAGAGCUCGGGCGCAGGCGGCGGUGGCUCUGGGGGUUCGGGCGCGGGCGGCCUGAUCGGGCUCAUGAAGGACGCCUUCCAGCCGCACCACCACCACCACCACCACCUCAGCCCGCACCCUCCCGGCACGGUGGACAAGAAGAUGGUGGAGAAGUGCUGGAAGCUCAUGGACAAGGUGGUGCGGUUGUGUCAAAACCCAAAGCUGGCGCUGAAGAACAGCCCACCUUAUAUCUUAGACUUGCUGCCUGAUACCUACCAGCAUCUCCGCACUGUCUUGUCAAGAUAUGAGGGGAAGAUGGAGACGCUUGGAGAAAAUGAGUAUUUCAGGGUGUUCAUGGAGAAUUUGAUGAAGAAAACUAAGCAGACUAUAAGUCUCUUCAAGGAGGGAAAAGAAAGAAUGUAUGAGGAGAAUUCUCAGCCUAGGCGAAACCUAACCAAACUAUCCCUGAUCUUCAGCCACAUGCUGGCAGAACUGAAAGGCAUCUUUCCAAGCGGACUCUUCCAAGGAGACACUUUUCGGAUAACUAAAGCAGAUGCUGCAGAAUUUUGGAGAAAAGCUUUUGGGGAAAAGACAAUAGUCCCUUGGAAGAGCUUUCGACAGGCCCUUCAUGAAGUGCAUCCCAUCAGUUCUGGGCUGGAGGCCAUGGCUCUGAAGUCCACUAUUGAUCUGACCUGCAAUGAUUAUAUUUCUGUUUUUGAAUUUGAUAUCUUUACACGGCUGUUUCAGCCCUGGUCGUCUUUGCUUAGAAACUGGAACAGCCUUGCUGUGACUCACCCUGGUUACAUGGCUUUCUUGACAUAUGAUGAGGUAAAAGCACGUCUGCAGAAGUUCAUCCACAAGCCUGGCAGUUACAUCUUCCGCCUGAGCUGUACUCGUUUGGGUCAGUGGGCUAUUGGGUACGUUACUGCUGAUGGGAACAUUCUGCAGACAAUCCCACACAAUAAACCGCUCUUCCAAGCGCUGAUUGAUGGCUUCAGGGAAGGCUUCUAUUUGUUUCCUGAUGGACGAAAUCAAAAUCCUGACCUGACAGGUUUAUGUGAACCAACUCCACAAGAUCAUAUCAAAGUAACCCAGGAACAAUAUGAAUUAUACUGUGAGAUGGGCUCCACAUUUCAACUAUGUAAAAUAUGUGCUGAGAAUGAUAAGGAUGUGAAGAUUGAGCCCUGUGGACACCUCAUGUGCACAUCCUGCCUUACGUCAUGGCAGGAAUCGGAAGGUCAGGGCUGUCCUUUUUGCCGAUGUGAAAUCAAAGGUACUGAACCCAUUGUGGUGGAUCCAUUUGACCCCAGAGGCAGUGGCAGUCUAUUAAGGCAAGGAGCAGAAGGUGCUCCCUCCCCAAACUACGAUGACGACGAUGAUGAACGAGCUGAUGAUUCUCUCUUCAUGAUGAAGGAGUUGGCAGGUGCCAAAGUGGAAAGGCCUUCCUCUCCGUUCUCCGUGGCCCCACAAGCUUCCCUUCCUCCAGUGCCACCAAGACUUGACCUUCUACAACAGCGAGCACCUGUUCCUGCGAGCACUUCAGUUCUGGGGACUGCUUCCAAGGCUGCUCCUGGCUCCCAUCAUAAGGACAAGCCGUUGCCAAUACCUCCCACACUUCGAGAUCUUCCGCCACCACCCCCUCCAGACCGGCCUUACUCUGUUGGAGCAGAAACACGGCCUCAGAGACGGCCCCUGCCGUGUACACCAGGCGACUGUCCAUCUAGAGACAAACUGCCCCCUGUCCCCUCUGGCCGCCCAGGGGACUCAUGGUUGUCUCGGCCAAUCCCAAAAGUACCAGUAGCUACUCCAAACCCUAGUGAUCCUUGGAAUGGAAGAGAAUUGACCAACCGACAUUCACUGCCAUUUUCUUUGCCCUCACAAAUGGAGCCCAGAGUAGAUGGGCCGAGGCUUGGAAGCACGUUUAGUCUGGAUACCUCCAUGAAUAUGAAUAGCAGCCCAAUAGCAGGUUCAGAGAGUGAGCACCCCAAAAUCAAGCCUUCUUCAUCUGCCAAUGCCAUUUAUUCUCUGGCUGCCAGGCCUCUUCCUGUGCCGAAACUGCCGCCUGGGGAGCAAGGGGAAAGUGAAGAAGACACAGAGUAUAUGACUCCCACAUCUAGGCCCAUAGGAGUUCAGAAGCCAGAGCCCAAACGGCCGUUAGAGGCAGCCCAGAGUUCACGAGUAUGUGACUGUGACCAGCAGAUUGACAGCUGCACAUAUGAAGCAAUGUACAACAUUCAGUCCCAAGCGUUGUCUGUAACGGAGAACAGCACCUUUGGGGAAGGGAAUCUGCCUACAGCUCACACCAGUACUGGCCCUGAGGAAUCAGAAAAUGAGGAUGAUGGGUAUGAUGUGCCUAAGCCACCUGUGCCAGCAGUACUGGCCCGCCGGACCCUGUCUGACAUCUCCAAUGCCAGCUCCUCCUUUGGCUGGUUGUCUCUGGAUGGUGAUCCCAUAAACUUCAAUGAGGGUUCCCAAGUUCCUGAGAGGCCCCCCAAACCAUUCCCUCGGAGAAUCAACUCUGAACGAAAAGCAAGUAGCUAUCAACAAGGUGGAGGUGCCACUGCUAGCCCUGUUGCCGUUGCCCCCUCGCCGCAGCUCUCAAGUGAGAUUGAGCGCCUCAUGAGUCAGGGCUACUCCUACCAGGACAUUCAGAAAGCUUUGGUCAUUGCCCACAACAACAUUGAGAUGGCCAAAAACAUCCUCCGGGAAUUUGUUUCUAUUUCUUCUCCUGCCCAUGUAGCCACCUAGCACAUCUCUUCUUGCAGUGGCUUCAGAGGACCCAUGAGCCGGGCUCUUGCUCAAGGAACACCUAGGAAAGCAGUGGCUUCUUUUGGGAUGUCACUGUAAGGUCCUGCUUUUUCUGUGGGUAUCGACACAUAUGGUUCAAGAUUUCAAAGCAGUGGAAUGAAAAUGGAGCAGCUAGUGUGUUUCGUUGUUGUAUCAGUCUUAAGAGUGUUUCUGUAGUCCUUCAGUCCUUCGGUCUUCAUUAGGAGAGUGUGGAUUUUAUAAAAUGGUAGCCUACCCUGGGAACAGUACAGAAUGCAGUAGAAGAGCUGUGGUGUAGCCCUAGUUAAGGACUUAGGACUUUCCUGUUAAGGGCGUGUGUGUCUGUGUGUCCUGUCAUUAUAAGGUUAUCCUGCUGUGUGUGAAUCCAGGCAGGGAGUUAGCACAAGAGCUUCAGGAAGGCAUCUCUGAAGACUCGCAUCUACUGUGGUAUUGCACCUAGCCCUGCUGGAUGUUACAACCUCAACCCUCUCCUUAGAUUAUCAUUGUUAG